UUCAGUCUCACGUUGAACUCUGCUGCUGUUUGUUGUCAGCCGGCUGGUGAAUUAACCCCCAGGACACACAGAAGCCAUUCGAUUUGGCUGAGCCAAUUGAGCCAACUGAGCCAACCACUCAGCCAGCCGAAGGACGAAGGACCACGACCACGACCACGACAAUUCGGGACGCGUUGUUAAAGACCAGAAGCCAGUAGCAAGAAACCAGUAGCAAGAAACCAGAGACCUCAGGUCCUAAUGGUGUCCUGUGAUCGUCCUGUGAUAAUUGUUUGUGUUUCGUGUUCCGCAUAAAAGAAAAAUAAAUAAACACUGGAAAAGUUCGCUGAUCUCUGUGCGCGAUUUUCCAUUAUUUUCACUUGUUUUUUUUUUUGUUUUUGUUUUGUUUUGCCGGCACCAGACCACGCACACACACACAACCAGAGAGAGUGAUAAUGUUGGUGAUGAAAAUCCAAUAACAAGUGAAUGCAACAAAUGCGCAUGAAAUGAAAAAUUUGUCCACACAAGUGUGAAAAACCGCAAAGUAAAAAUCAGAUAAAACUGAGAUAAUCAGCGAGCGAACGAAACCAGCAAAACCCAAUCAACCAAAUAAGCUGAGGGCCAAAGUGCUCCGAGAACGAACACACCAUUCAACUUCGAACUGCAGAAGGUAGCGAUUUCAGUCGACUCACUUUGGCUUCAUUGAUUGAUUGAUUGAUUGAUCGGCGAGGCAAGGACCGGGCACAAAAAAGGCAACCAAAUGCAAGAUGAACCCGGAUCAACCGAUGUCAAUGCAAAACGGGGCGCCGCCUCCGCCCCCCUCGCAGCUGACCGCCCACACAAUCGCCGCGUCCGCCGUCACCGCUGCCCCGCCCACCGGCUCCAUGGCCGCCCCCACAGCGCUGCACUACGGCAGCGGAAUGGGUGGCAUUCCCACGCCCACUUCGUCCGCCGGCGGCACGGCCGGCAACUAUGUGUCCAUCGGCAUCCUGCCCAGCAUGUCGCCCGCCCAGCUGCCCCCGCUCCUCCUGCCCGCUCCGCCCCCAGCGACGACGACCUUCAAGACCACGCCCCUGCUGCCCAUGCCCACGCUCGAGGACAUUGAGGUGGCCAGCCAGACGGGCGGCCAGAGCGGUCAAGUGGUCGUGUCCUUGCCCCAAACUUCGAUGGCGCCCCCGGGCAUUUUGAAGUACCCCACGGCGGGCUAUGUGAACGACUCGAUGGCACCGCCGCCCAGCCUGCCGCUCUCCAUGUCGCUGCCCCAUCCGCCGCCGUCGCUGCCGUUGCCGCUGCCAUUGCCGCUGACCUCCAUUGCCGGCAGCAGCGCCGGCAGCAACAACAGCAACAUCAGCAGCAGCAACAUGAGCAGCAACAGCAACUGCGGCACGCUGAAAAGCAAUGCGAAACUGUUGCCGCUCCAACUGAUGGCCACGCCCCCCAGCCGCAAGGAGCCGCUCACAGCCGCCCAUCCGCAGGCGGCAUCGAUUCAGGCCCAGGCGCAGGUGCAGCACCAGCUGCAGCAGCAGCAACAACAGCAACAACAACAGCAGCAGCAGCAACAGCAACGGCAGCGCAAGCGGCAGGGAUGGUGCUCCUGUUUCAGUUCGAGCGCAGGGGGUGGAGUCGCUGGUGUUGUGGGUGGUGGUGGUGGUGGAGGGGAGAGCGGAAAGACGCCACCCGGAUACGGCAGCAAGGAGAAGGAGAAGAAGAAGAGCCGCAAGGCCACCUCGCAAACGGUGUGGUCCGCCCUGCUGACAAACCUGGGCAUCUGCAUGCUGCUGCUGGCCUACACACUGCUGGGAUCCUUCAUCUUUUUGACCAUCGAGAACGAGGACUCGGCUUUGCUGCAUCAGCAGCACACUCUGGCCAGCACCAAGCGCAAUUUGGCUGGCCUCGGCAUUGGCGCAGCGGGAAUCGGGAGCAGUAUCUAUCAGCAGCAGCAAAGGACACCGCAUCAGCAGCAACAGCAGCAGCAGCAACAUCAGGCGGUACAGGGACGUCAUGGCGACAAUGACACGAUGGCCGCUGCAGCGGCAGCUGUCGCCGCGCAGGGAAUGUUGGCCGGAAGCGCCACUGCCGGCGGCCACAAUCCAUUUGGCCAGCCCGCAUCCAGUGGCGACUUUGUGUACGGGCUGGACGGCAUGGAUGCUACCGAUCUGGAGGCGGGAGGAAUGCCGCAGUUCGCCCUCUCGCCGGACACCUACGAUGUGCGGCAGCGGACCAUCGAGAAUAUCUGGGACAUCACCGUCUCGCUGAACAUCCUCUACAAGGAGAACUGGACAAAAUUAGCCGCACUUGAAAUAGCCAAGUUUCAAGACCAAUUAAUCAAGAGACUGAACGAGGAUGUUAUGCUGCAAUUAUCGCACGACGAUGUGGCCAACGCUCCCGCCUCCUCCUCCUCCUCGUCGUCGGGCGGCUCUGGUGUUCCGGGUAGCAACAAUCCGGCCACGGAAGCCGUGCUCCUUCACACACACUAUCACCAUCAUCGUGCCGGAGGCGUUGGGGGCGUGGCAGUGGGCGGAGGGCCGCCGCAUGAGUGGAAUUUUGCCAAAGCGUUUUUGUAUUCGCUGACCGUUUUGACCACAAUUGGCUAUGGAAACGUUGCGCCGCGCACGACGCUCGGGAGGAUCGUGACCCUGGCGUACGCCUUCUUCGGCAUCCCACUGACACUGGUCUACCUGAGCAGCACGGGCAGCAUCUUGGCCCGAGUGGCACGCGAGGUCUUCUCCAAGGCGCUGUGCUGUUGCCUGUGCUCGAAUUGUGGCUACUGCUGCUACGACGAGAAGCGGAUGGCCGAAAAGGAGCGCCGGAUGCGGCGCAAGAGGCAGCAGGAGGAGCUGCGCAAGCAGCAGGCGGUCAUGCAGGAACCGUACUACGUGAGGGAUGUCUUCCAUGCCACGCCCGAAAAGGAUGCAGCAGCUGGAGCAGCGCCGCCGAAUGCCGGCGGACCGGGUGGUUCCGUUGGUGGCUUGGGCGACAUCGAUUCGCUCAGUGCCAGCGAGUCCAGGGGCUCCAUGCACGGCCUGAGUAUCUUGGCCCCCAUCCUGCUCUGCUUCUCCAUGAUGAUCAUCUACAUUGUGUUCGGUGCCGCCGUCUUGUAUCGCCUGGAAAACUGGCCCAUUCUGGAUGGCAUCUACUUCUGCUUCAUGAGCCUGUCCACCAUCGGUUUUGGCGAUAUGCUGCCGGGACUGCGACGCGAAUCGAAUGCCACCACCUGGUUUUGUUCGGUGUACAUCAUGUCGGGCAUGACCCUCACGGCCAUGUGCUUCAAUGUCAUACACGAGGAGAUUGUCCAUCGCAUACGCAUUGUGGUCGAGUUCAAGAAGACGAGUGCCGCCAACUCCGGCGGCGGCAGUGUGUCGGGUGGUGCAGGUGGUGCAGGUGGUGCUGGUGGCUCGAUGAUGGACGUGGCGCACGAGGAGGGUGGCCAGUACUAUGUGCCGGCGUCCUGACACUACGAGAAGCGAGGACAUCUCUACCAGCGCAACCCCACCGAAGAAACCCUGGUGACAGACACACCCACAUCGCUGGUGCUGAAGGACUACGUUAACCACGAGCUGGUGCCCAUUCUAACAAUGGACCCCAAUGGCGCCCGCCUGGCCCCCACCCCCGCCCCCGCCUACACGCCCGCCAUCACGGCGACGUGCAUGCCC